CACUUGUUAUCAACAAGUCUGAACUCGAUAUUGACACCAAGAUGGUUCACAACGGAACUAACAUGCCCACCCGACCGGUCGACAAGCCUACUUCUGCUGUCUCUACUGCUACAACGACUACCACUGCCACUAAAAAGGUAUGUCAACAUUUAUCUCCUAGUGUGUAUCCACUGAUCAAGCAUCUUUACCAGCGACCUUCUCUCCCUUCUCUCCACUCUCUCCGAAACAAGAGUACUUGUUCCGUCUUUUCGGUCAACAGUGUUCCUCAGGGUGAACAGAACCCCGUUAUGAUCGUCCCCACCCCCGCUCAAGCUGCUGCACCUUGUUUCAACGUCGAAGACGAGAUGACUUACCCUCGCCGUAUGUCGGUGUACAGCCCCGCCUCUAAUGAAACUGCCGACUUUAUCCCACCACGUCGAGGCAUCAGGCCGUUAUUUCUUCAGGAAAAGUAUGGUACCUCUUCCCGCGAAUCACUCAAGAACAAGAAUAAGAAUACGGCUUCUGGCGGUGUUGCCGCAGAAUCUGAGCAUGCCAGAAACAUUGAAAGCACUAUUGAAGCAGCUAAAGCUGUUUGCGAAAUUGGGUUGACCGACCGAACAUCUAUCCCCGCUCGGGAAAGGGCCCGGUCCAACUCUGCCCCCACUAUCAAGUCCAAGGCUUCAUCUAACCGCAUUUCAUUCAAGACCAACUCCUUCGCUGCUCGUAUUACUAGCGCCUUCCGUCGUUCAUCCAAACCCAUCUCGCUCAAGAUUGAUAUUCCUUCUAGCUCGAACUUUGUCCAACAACCAGCCAAGCCUCACCUUCAACCUCUUGAAUUCGGCGGAAGAUUUGAUGAUAAUCCAUUCAUUGGUCAACCUGCCAAGUUUGCAGCAGACGCUGUCUCGUCAACAGUUACAAUCUCCACACCCGAUCUGGUCUUUUCUAGUCUCCGUUCUCCAUUCCCUUCCUCUGUUAGCUCAACCUCUUCCCUUUCUGCCUACUCUGCAGACAGCUAUGUGGAAUCUUCACAGGCUAUUAGCGUUGUAGUUACUCCUCCUACAGAACCUCCUUCUGGUAGCCAGACACCAAACAACGAGCCCGAGGAACCGCCACUUACGGCUGCCAGUACCGACACCGAGUUUUCCGACAUGGCCAUCCAUACGCCUACCGACUCCAGCUUUGUCCAGCCGACUUUUUAUUCUCAAGAGGCCCAGUCCCACAUCACCACAACAGAACUUGUUACCAGACCAGCACUUAUUCCGACGGCAUGUGGAUCGCGCUUUAUCGAAAUGUUUGACACCAUUAUUGCCUUCCCCGACAGCACUUCUGGAUCAGCCUCACCAGAAAUUAGGACACCCGUCUUGACACCUAUCGACUACCAGGCCUAUCCCCAGCCAGCUUAUAGAGAUAUCAAUACUUUCCUGGCCUAUUCCCCUCCUUGAGGCCUAUUCGCCAUAUCCUGGUAGUCAUUCGACCAUUAAGAAUGCACUGCAAGUUCCUCCAGUUUCGGUUCUAGCUUCAGCAAAGACCAAGUCUUCAAAACGUGAUAAAGCGUUGCCGUUAUUCAAAUCUCGUUAGUCUUCUUCGCCAAAGUGAAGGUCUGUUCAAUUGUAGCCGUAUUUUGGUGUCUGGACAAUAUUUCUCCUGGACUAAAUUAUAUAUUUGUCUGUUUUUGUUUCCUCUGCGGUUGCGUUUCCUAUAAGUCUCUGCUUUCCUAAUGUCUAGUGAUUGUUGGUUGUUGAUUUUUUAUUUUCGAUUUUAAUUUGGAUUGGAUAUGAUUCCCGG